AAGGACAAAAGGAAACACGUACGCGCCGCUCAAGUACUAUAGACACGAAUCACACCUAAAACCAUUGCGUCGUCGUCGUUCCAGCAGCAGCUCAGAGUUGGAACCCCCACGCACGCAGCAUCGUCGUCGAACUCUUCGUCUCUUCCCGUUGCGGCGGCGGCGGAGAUGGCGGCGAAUCUAGAGGACGUGCCUUCUCUGGAUCUGAUGCACGAACUGCUCCGCCGCAUGAAGUGCAGCUCCAAGCCCGACAAGCAUCUCAUCCUUAUCGGUCCACCUGGCUCUGGAAAGGGUACUCAGUCUCCCCUUAUUAAGGAUGAAUAUUGCCUGUGCCAUUUAGCCACUGGUGAUAUGCUGAGGGCUGCUGUGGCGGCCAAGACACCUCUAGGUAUCAAAGCUAAAGAAGCUAUGGAUAAGGGGGAGCUUGUUUCAGAUGGCUUGGUUGUGGGGCUUAUUGAUGAAGCUAUGAAGAAACCCUCAUGCCAGAAAGGUUUCAUUCUUGAUGGCUUCCCUAGAACUGUCACUCAAGCACAGAAGCUCGAUGAGAUGUUGGCAAAGCAAGGUGCUAAUGUUGACAAGGUCCUGAACUUUGCAAUUGAUGAUGCUAUAUUGGAAGAACGGAUUACUGGUCGUUGGAUCCACCCAGCCAGUGGUAGGACUUACCAUACAAAAUUUGCACCUCCAAAGUCUCCGGGAGUUGAUGAUGUAACUGGAGAGCCAUUGAUUCAAAGGAGAGAUGACACAGCCGAGGUUUUGAAGUCAAGGCUUGAAGCCUUCCACAGACAAACCGAGCCUGUGAUUGACUAUUACUCUAAGAAGGGCUUGGUGGCGAAUCUGCCCGCAGAGAAACCACCAAAGGAAGUGACUGCUGAGGUGCUGAAAGCCCUCUCAUGAUGAAGUGUCCACUCUUUAGGUUAAGCAUGAAAUGUACCAGAAUCCCUUUGUCUGGGUUUCUUCAAAAUUUUACUUGCGCCAACAUCAUGCAGUGUCCUUUUUGUGCGAAUGCACCAUUUUGCCAACGCUUUGACAAGCUCGGGAACUGUCUGAAUAAUCUCUGUUUCGAAUGAGAGAAGCUGUUUUUCAGUACAAUGCUGAGAUGAUUACAGCAAUUCGUCUUCGGCAAAUUUUUCCUU